AUGGACUCCACUGGGUGGCACGCUCACAAACGCGCAGAUAGGAACUCUGCACUCUAUAGUCACCCGCAGCGAGGACCCGACGGACAUUAUGAAGGUGUCGAGCAGGCUCAACCUUUGGCGGAUGGUGUGAUCGGAGGCUUCAAUCUUGGUCAAACUGCUCGACUACAAGUACCUGGUCGAUUUCCGCCGCAGAUAUCACCCUUGCAGCUCGAUUAUCCUCCGACGCCACCGAGUAAGGAUGGUAUUGACUAUUUCACUGCACCGAAUGGUGCUCGAUUUCCGCAACCUAGCGUUAGUCGUGAAACCUCUCACCAGACAUAUGCGUCCAGUUCGGACGGACGUCAAGGCUCGUUUAUGAAACAAAUGACUGCGGUCGAACGGUCUAAAUUUCUGCGGGCUGUGCGGAUGUCUCCUUAUUUGCAACUUAUGGUAGGUCCUUUGUUGCGAUAUGAUACAGUCGACGAGCAUGGAGUUUGGCAUGGCGCAUGCAUGGUUGCAUCAUCUGACGCGACGUCCGAAUACGAACCGCACCCGACGCUCACAUAUGAAUGGGACCCCCAACAGGCGGCGGGGAUGUCCAGAACCGCAUCGCGCAUGACUGGUAAAGGACGGUCAUACGACUUGGUGCCACAUCCGGCAGACCCCCGUUCUACUGCCGCCCUUCUAGAUGCUAAUGGGGAAAUCCCGCACAGUAGUUCAGCGCGGAAGGAAAGUGUUCCAGGGCAUGAAAUUUGGGUUUACGAGGAUCCGAAAGGAAGAACAUACACAUUCUGGAGAUUCAUGAUACAAAUUCCUUUAAGCAACCAUGAGAUGGCAAUCCAAUAUUCGAUAAACAACGGGCAGAAACUUGAAUUCUUCGUUCCCGGCAGGAACCAGAACAUGAGAUGGUCUACUUAUUCUUGCAACGGGUUCAGCGCUGGUGUAAACCCAGAUGAUUUUCGUGGCCCUGGAUUUGAUAGCGGUUAUGAUCCCGUUUGGAUUGACCUCUUGAAGAAGCACGAAGAGGCCCCGUUUCACGUGCUAGUAGGAGGUGGCGACCAAAUUUACUGCGACGGACUGGUCCGAGAGCCUGAGAUGCAGGAAUGGAUCAACUUACCAAGACCUGAGUGGAAGAUAAAACAUCAAAUCACUUUGGAGAUGAGAGCUGCUAUUGACCGUUUCUACUUCAACCACUAUUGCCGUAUCUUUCAGAGCGGUGCCUUCGCACGUGCAACGGCCUCGAUACCUCAGUUGAAUAUGUGUGAUGAUCACGAUUUGGUAAGCGUGCUUAUUGAUGGCUACGGAAGCUAUCCUGACGAUUUGCAGCGCUCUUCCGUGUUUAGCACGAUUGGCGCUCGCGGUUAUUUCUUCUUCCUUCUUUUCCAAUGCUUUAUCAACGUCGAGGUUGACGGAACCGAUGAUACUUACGGAGUUCACUCAAAUAAAUCUAUUAUCAUUGGUCAGCGUGGCCCCUAUAUCCCAUUCCCUUCGCAUUCGUUUCUCUCCUAUCUUGGACCAAAUUGUUACAUCCUCUUACUAGACUGCAGGGCGGAACGACGGAAGGACCAAGUGUGCAGUGCAUAUGAGUACAAGAAAGUGUUUGAUAAAAUCUAUCGGCUACCGCCACAAGUCCAGCAUUUGGUGAUUCAGCUCGGGAUUCCGAUUGCAUACCCACGAAUGAACUUCAUGGAGACUCUACUCGAGUCAAAACUGAAUCCGCUUGUAGCGAUGGGGAAGAGAGGAUCAACAAAAGUAGGAAGCUUCGUGAACAAGUUCAAUGCAGAUGCCGAGCUGUUGGAUGACCUUAACGAUCAUUGGACUGCAAAAGGCCACAAAACCGAGCGAAACAACCUCAUCCAGAAUCUAGCUGCUUAUGCUCUGAAGACACAUACCCGAAUAACCUUCCUAUCGGGUGACGUGCACUGCGCUGCAGUUGGCUACUUCAAGACGUAUGUCAAAGACAAAAAAGCGAACGAGAUCGCACCAAACAUAGAUCAUCGUUUUAUGCUAAACGUUGUCACAAGUGCUAUCGUCAAUACUCCGCCACCAAAUCCUGUUAUCACACUCGUAACGAAUCGUGCCAGUAAGACGCACCAGACGCUUCACCGUGCCGACAUCGAUGAAGGGAUGGUCCCUCUCUUCCAGCAGGACACGGAUGGUUCGACUGGGAAUAACAGCAAAUUGGUUAUGGGUCGUCGGAACUAUUGCACUGUAGGGUACGAUGACCAAGGGAAUUUAGUCUUCGACAUUCGCGUUGAGAAGGAAAAAGGUUACGGGACCACUGUUGGAUAUCCCGUUAAAGCCCCACCACCAUGUUGGCAAUGA